AUGCGGACUGGUGUUAUUGCGAGGAAGCGGGGCAUGACGGCUAUGUGGGAUGACCAGGGAGCACGCCAUCCCGUCACUGUUCUUCAGUUGGAUAAUUGUCAAGUGACUGCAAAUAUCAAGACCGUCCGCAAGGACAAGUCAGAAUAUCACGCUGUGCAAGUCGCUGCAACUGACAAAAGAGCCAAGAACACAACUGCCCAAAUGCUAGGGCAUUUCGAGAAGGCAGGUGUGGCCCCGAAGCAGAUAGUGAAGGAGUUCCCAGUUACUCCGGAUGCGCAUGUCCCGGUCGGCACAGUACUUUCUGCUGUUCACUUUGUUCCUGGCCAGUAUGUCGAUGUUAUUGCCAAGUCUAUCGGCAAAGGCUUCCAGGGCGGUAUGAAACGCUGGAAUUUCAAGGGUCUUCGGGCUAGUCACGGUGUCUCGAUAUCACACCGUUCCAGCGGUGCUAUGGGUGCCCACCAGGAUCCCGGUCGUAUAUGGCCAGGGAAGAAGAUGCCUGGUCGAUUAGGUGGAGAACGGAUAACAACACAGAAUCUGAAGGUUAUUCGAGUGGAUAGUACACUCAACCUCGUUUUCGUUCGCGGGUGCGUCCCAGGCGUCGACGACGCGCAUGUCAUGGUGCAAGACGCGAAGAAGACCCUGGUCUUCGCUGCCAAACAUAACCAUGCCAAGGCAUUGUAUGAGAAGGUGCUUCCAAAGGGUGUCGAUGAUCUGCCCUUCCCCGCAGGAACUGCAGAGUUGGCGAAGGACCUUCCCCCAGUCAUCGAGGCUCCUGCUAUGCGUACCAGUCCCUUCAUACCCAGAGAGUAA